GUCCAGAGGGGCCAAUUCUCCGUGAUGACAGGUUCUGUCCGGCGGGGGACCGGGGCUAGAACCGGGGUCUCUCCAACAGUGCCCUCUCCCCUCGCCCUCCGCUCGCCCCCGUGCAGGCGCGCGCCUGCCGAAGGCGCGCGGGGCGGGCCCUGGGGGCGGCGGCCAAUGAGCGGCGCGCGGGCCGCGGACUGUGAGGCCGCCGGGAAGGGGGUCUGCGCGCGCGCGCCCGACCGGCUCCGCGGGGCGCGAGGUCGGCGCGCGCAGCGGCGGGCGCGGACGCAGUUGCAGGAGGAGCCUGAGAAUUUGAAAAGGAAGUCAAACCUGCCCUUAUCUACAUUAACACCCGCCAGCGUCUACACUGAAGGAAGGAAGCCGCGCUCUGAGCUCGUUGCCCUUAGUCUGCAUGGCGCCGGGGGUCACCCUAACCCACGCCCCUCCCCUGCCCUCACCCAAGAUGGCGUCAACCUGGCUUCUCUAACCUCUAGUGCUGGGAAAGGGACGGGAAAGAGGGAGAAGUGGGGGCGACGGGGAGGGGAAGCCGAGAGGGCGGGAGAAAGGAGGAGUGCGGGGGAGAAGGGAGCCCAGGCGGAAGUCGAGGGGCCCCCCAGGUGGAAGUGACGCUACCCCCGCUGCCCAAAAUGUCGGCGCCCAGAGGGAGGUAGAGAGCCGGCACGGGGCCACUGCCUUUGCACCUAACCAUCAUGGAUGACACCCCUCUGCCAGCGCCCCCCGUCCCUGCCCCAGCGCCAGUCCCAGCAUCUCCUGCUGCCACCCCCCGGGUCCCGUUUCACUGCAGUGAGUGUGGCAAGAGCUUCCGCUACCGCUCGGACCUGCGGCGCCACUUCGCCCGGCACACUGCGCUCAAACCCCACGCGUGUCCGCGCUGCGGCAAGGGUUUCAAGCACAGCUUCAAUCUGGCCAACCACCUGCGCUCACACACGGGCGAGCGGCCCUACCGCUGCUCCGCCUGCCCCAAGGGAUUCCGAGACUCCACUGGCCUGCUGCACCAUCAGGUCGUCCACACUGGUGAGAAACCCUACUGCUGCCUGGUCUGCGAGCUCCGCUUCUCCUCACGCUCCAGCCUGGGCCGCCACCUCAAGCGCCAGCACCGCGGGGUGCUCCCGUCCCCGCUGCAGCCCGGCCCAGGCCUGCCUGCCCUGAGCGCGCCCUGCUCCGUCUGCUGCAACGUCGGGCCCUGCUCAGUGUGCGGGGGCGCGGGGGCCGGCGGCGGAGAGGGCCCGGAGGGGGCAGGAGCGGGGCCGGGCAGCUGGGGGCUGGCGGAGGCGGCGGCAGCAGCCGCCGCGGCCUCGCUGCCCCCAUUCGCUUGCGGAGCCUGUGCGCGGCGCUUUGACCAGGGCCGCGAGCUGGCGGCGCACUGGGCGGCGCACACCGACGUGAAGCCCUUCAAGUGCCCGCGCUGCGAGCGCGAUUUCAACGCCCCUGCCCUGCUGGAGCGGCACAAGCUGACGCACGACCUGCAGGGGCCGGGCGCACCCCCCGCGCAGGCCUGGGCCCCCGGGGCGGGUGCUGGGCCCGAUGCAGUCGGCCAGGAGGGCGCCAAGGAGGCGGGCAACGCCCAGCCGGCCUGGGACACCGGGCUGCCCCCAGGCCGCGCGGGGGGCGGAGUGCCUGAGCCGGAGGCGCUGCCCCCCGAGGGCGGCGGGGAGGCCCCCGCGCCGGCGGCCGCGGCAGAACCGUCGGAGGACACCCUAUACCAGUGUGACUGCGGAACGUUCUUCGCGUCGGCCGCGGCGCUGGCCAGCCACCUGGAGGCGCACUCGGGCCCGGCCACCUAUGGCUGCGGCCACUGCGGGGCCCUGUACGCGGCCCUGGCGGCGCUAGAGGAGCACCGGCGGGCCAGCCACGGCGAGGGUGGAGGGGCGGAGGCGGCCGCAGCGGCCCCGGACGGGGAGCCCGUGCCCGGGGAGCCCGCGUCCGGCUCCGGCCGCGGCAAGAAGAUCUUCGGCUGCUCCGAGUGCGAGAAGCUGUUCCGCUCGCCGCGCGACCUGGAGCGGCACGUGCUGGUGCACACGGGCGAGAAGCCGUUCCCGUGCCUCGAGUGCGGCAAGUUCUUCCGCCACGAGUGCUACCUCAAGCGCCACCGGCUGCUGCACGGCACCGAGCGGCCCUUCCCCUGCCACAUCUGCGGCAAGGGCUUCAUCACGCUCAGCAACCUCUCCCGGCACCUGAAGCUGCACCGGGGCAUGGACUGAGGCGGCCGGGCCGGGCCACCACCCGCGGCCCUCCCAAAGCCAGGCGCGGGCCCUGCCUACGUAGUGGGGGCCACCAGACACCCGCCAGGCCGGAACUGGGGGACAGCAGAUAAACGGAGAUGCUCCUCAGCUUGGGAUCCCGGGGCUGAGAGAGACUCCUGAACUGUGGUCACUGGAACUGGUGCCUGACACCCCCAAACCAACAGGCCCUGAACGGUGGAGACCUAGGAAUGAGAAAUGGGUCUUCAGGACUUCCCAUCUUGAGGGCCCUAAUAAUAAAAGAUGGGUAACCCUCCGCCAAGGGAGGACUAACCCUCUCCCCAAGAGCCAUCAUUCCCAAAGACCUUGAUAUGGAAAAUGCAGGGGACCAUGUCCCCGAAUUUGCCUGGAUCCCUCUAAAUGCUACCCACCAGUCACUGGUGUCCCCAGAAAAUGGAUUUAGCCGGAAUCUGCCUUCCCCCAUUUCAUUCCCUAAGCCCAAGAGGACCAGGGUAGAUGCCCCCUGCCCUAACCCCCCUCCCCAGUUAGGUCUCCCACUAAGGAAUGGAUCAACCCUAAUGAUCUUCCCCACCCCCAAAUACUAGAAUAGGCUGGUUGGAAAUCUCCCCACCCGGUAGGAUGGACUAAUUCAGACACACACCCCUGUCCACUGGCACAGGCUGGUCCAGGUGGGCCUGCACCCCACCCUCCUCCGGGUACACCCAGCAGAUGCCCCUCUUCCUCUGGAGUGGGGCGAGCCUGCUCGUUCCCCAUCCUGGGGACGCGUCUGGGUGGGAGCAGGUGGAUGGUGCGUUUUCCCUCCCGCUCUGCUGUUAGCGCCUGUGGGUCUCACCAUCUCUGUUGUUUUGUCUGUCUCUGUGUUCCUCCCAGUCCCAAGGGGAAGGGGGGGUUGGCCAGGGGGUUCCCCCCAUGAGCCUCGACCUCGCCCCCUCAUCCGCCUCCCCAGUGUCUCCAGGACCCCAAUAAACCUCGUCCUGUCACACA